AUGCCUGCCGCUAGCCGCACCAAGCACAUGCCUGCACCCGAAGCCACCAUGCGUCUCCGCUCCCGCGCAGAUAUCGGAGCUCCGCUGCACACAAUGCCCUCCUCGAAUGAUCCACAGAACUUGCCGAUCCCAGCUUCUUGCUCUGCCGCCGGCGUCGACCUUCACCAACACCGCUCCGUUGCUCUGAAAAACUCUCCACCGCAGCGUCCCGGCGCUAUAACGGUUUCGGACGACAUGCGUUGCCUCGCCCAGCUGCUCCUCCUGCUGGUAGCAACAACCAUCUCCUUGACCACAACCGCACACGCUUGGGACUGGCUUCCUGCCACCGACAACAAUCGCACGCUCGAUACCACUUUUGUCGUCAAGGCGGCGCCACCCUCGUCCUAUACUGGCCCCAUCCUCACAACGGCACAGCAGCAGGGCCUCAACGCAACCGACUUUUACUUGUACAACUACAUCACCACCGGCUACAAUGCCACCAAGAUUCAGCGCGCCGUCAUCAUGCUUCACGGCCUUGGUCGCGAUGCAUGGUCCUACUUCGACCAGACCCACGUGGCCUUGCUCAAUGCAACCUCGCGCAAGGAACGCACCACCCACCAAUCGCGUCUGCGCGCCGACGAGGUCGUCAUCAUGGCUCCCAUCUUCUUGAACCAGGACGACCCAGGGUGCUAUCCGGUAGAUGCCAACAAGCAGCCCAACUCGACCGCGCUCGUGUGGAACGACAGCGACUGGGCCGAAGGUGCCGACUCGAUCUAUCCUUCCACCGUCAAUGAUGCCCAGGGCAUUCCCUUUGCUGCACCGGGCGUGUCGUCGUUCGAAGCGCUCGAUAUGGCCGUGGGACGAUUCGCCAACAAGACGCUCUUCCCAAACCUCAACACGAUCAUUGUCGCAGGCCACAGUCUGGGCGCGCAGAUGGUGCAGAGGUAUGCACUGAUUGGUGCAGUGCCCUCGGGCACGGUGCCUGUGCACUUUGUCGUGGCCAACCCGGGCUCGUAUGCCUAUCUGACAGAGUGGAGACCGCGCCCGUACGACAAGUGCGCCGACACGUUCAACGACUGGAAGUUUGGCCUCAAUGCAUACUCGCAGUCGUAUCUGUCCGACUUUAUCACCGACUCUCUCGACACCACCAACGAUGUGGAGAGUGUGGUGCAGAGGUAUCGUCGACGUGUGGUGUCGUAUCUGUUUGGCUUGGCCGAUCAUGGUAAAGGCGAUACGAGGUGCGAAGCGCGUGCCCAGGGCACUACGCAUUUGGGACGAGGCAGAAACUUUGUCAAGCAUCUUACCGAUAUGGAUGGGGGAUUUCCAGCCGCUCAUACGGUCAACUACAUCCCGAAUGUCUCGCAUGAUGGGCUGGGCAUGUUUACGAGCCAAGCGGGUCUGGAGAGGUUGUUCUUUAUCAACUUGAAUGGUACAGAGACCCCAACGGCUGUGGGCGACGAUGAUCAGAGCGCCGCCAACUGGCAACAGGCCAAGAAGAGCGCUCAGCAUAGUGCGUCUAGCGCUGCGACGGUGCGAGCGAGGAUGGUGGGCGUAGGGGUGGUGGCGGUGGUAGUGGCGAUGCUGUUGGUGUAG